UAGACACAACAGGCGGAGCAAGGAGCAAGAUGGCGUCGACGAGCCGCGGAGAUGCCCUGUCCCUUCCCAGAGUUCAGUGUCCCAACCACCCUGAUGCCAUACUGGUGGAGGACUACAGAGCAGGGGACAUGAUUUGCCCUGAAUGCGGCCUUGUAGUAGGUGACCGUGUUAUCGAUGUAGGCUCAGAGUGGAGAACAUUCUCUAAUGAGAAAGCCCUCAAAGAUCCAUCCAGAGUGGGAGACGCCCAGAACCCACUGCUCAAUGGAGGCGACCUAACCACCAUGAUCAGCAAGGGAACUGGCGCAGCUAGUUUUGAUGAAUUCGGUAACAACAAGUACCAGAACCGGCGGACCAUGAGCAGCUCUGACCGGGCCAUGCUCAACGCCUUUAAAGAAAUCAGCACCAUGGCGGAUCGCAUCAACCUGCCAAGGAACAUCAUUGACAGAACAAACAACUUAUUCAAGCAGGUUUAUGAACAGAAGAGCCUGAAGGGCCGAGCCAAUGACGCAAUCGCCUCGGCCUGUCUCUACAUCGCCUGCAGACAAGAAGGUGUACCAAGAACAUUUAAAGAGAUCUGUGCUGUCUCUCGGAUCUCCAAGAAGGAGAUCGGCAGAUGCUUCAAGCUGAUUCUGAAGGCGCUGGAGACCAGCGUGGACCUCAUCACCACCGGAGACUUCAUGUCUCGUUUCUGCUCAAACCUGGGCUUACCCAAACAGGUGCAGAUGGCGGCCACCUUCAUUGCCAGGAAGGCCGUGGAGCUCGACCUGGUGCCCGGCAGGAGCCCCAUCUCAGUGGCUGCAGCAGCCAUCUACAUGGCCUCCCAGGCCUCUGCAGAGAAGAAGACCCAAAAGGAAAUCGGGGAUAUUGCCGGCGUUGCAGACGUUACGAUCAGACAGUCAUACCGACUCAUCUACCCGCGCGCCGCUGAACUCUUCCCUCCAGACUUCAAAUUUGACACGCCUGUCGACAAGCUGCCCCAACUGUGAAGACGACACUCCGUGAACAGUGACGAUACUUUUCUGCUGUACUUACAGGAUUGUAUUCUUUCUUUAAAAAUCAUGUUUGUGUUGGAUUUGGAAGAUUUCCCUUGUCCCUCCUAAGACUUCUUGCCUUUGUCGAGGCGUCCUCACAGGAAUAAAACGGACACAUUCCAGUGCUUAAAUAAACAGCUUGCAGACUGUACUUACAGUAUUUCAUUUGAGUGUAUAUACUGUAUCAUGUAUAUAUGUCCAAGUUGGAAAAUGUAAUUGAUUUCUUGCAAUUUUAGGCUGGUUUCAUACUGAAUGCAUAAUACUUUGUCUUUGUAGAAAAAUGACCUGGUUCUAUUUUGUUAGUUUAAAUUGUUCGAAGUAAUUUAAAAAAAAUAAAAGAUUUUCAUUAAAGCAUGGUAAUGAGCUCAUGGUUUGAAUAAACAGUUGUUUACAUUAAACCUGUUUUACUUCUCUGGUCAUUCACAGAUUGAAUGGCUUCACCAGAAAGAAAAGUGAAAUACAGUAAAACUUCCUCAAAAUUAGUUUCCAGAGUGAACAAAAGGCAGAACAAAUACAAAGUACCCAGAGUAAACCACGAGGAUGUAUUCAACGGGUACAAAUAAAAGCAAACUCACUAUUACAAAUGUUUAAUUUGUGCAUUUAUGAUGGGCAACAACGACUGCAGAAAUGCCUUGUUUGGUUUUUUUUUUUACACCAGGUUGAGCUGCAACAGUUGUGUGACUUGAGUAUUUGUGUACCAUCUAUAAAGUCUUCCACUGUUCCGGCAACAACAUGCACAAGCAAAGAAUAAUAAAAAAAAACUUUGUACAA